CUUUUCUCCCCCCGCCGGUCUUCACCCUGACACCGGAGAAAUGCAGCGUUUCAAGCCGUCUCUUCACUCUCUAAAACCCCUCCUCUUCAUUCACCGCUCUCUUCACCACGACACCCACCUCCAAAACGCCGGACCUCUCUGCUCCCUCCUCAGUUCCCGCUCCGUGAUCCGCUUCGCCGGACCGGACACUAUUAAAUUUCUCCAGGGUCUGUUGACAAACGAUGUGCGGAGGUUUGGGGAACACCCGGAUGAGAAACUCAAUACUGUUCCAACGCCCAACAUGCCAUCUGUUUCCCUUUCUCCUAUGUAUGCGGCUCUCUUGACACCUCAGGGCAGGUUCCUGUAUGACUUGUUCUUGUAUAAGCCGCCGCGGCCCGUGGAGAAGCUCGACCCAAGAGGUUCGGGUCCUGGUUCAGGUUCGGAUGAGUCGGUGGAGUUGUUUGCGGAUGUGGACAGGUCGGUAUUGGAUGAGUUGUUGCAGAUUUUCAAGAGAUACCGGUUAAGGUCAAAAGUUGAGAUCGAUAAUGUUGCAGAAGACUUCUCUUGCUGGCAGUGCUAUGGUGGGAAGCUGUCUGAGAAGUCUUCAGUUGCUGAAGAACCAGAGGCUGCUUCUGUUGGCUGGGGUGCAGGUGUUGAUCGUUCUGGUGAAUCAGCUUCACAUGGUAGUACGCCUGGGUGGCAUUGGCAUAAGGAUCCUAGAUUGGAUUGUCUUGGUUUUAGGGGGAUUUUUCCUUCUGGUACAACACCACCUUUAGUUGAGGCUGAUAAAGAAACGGAUGAAGAGAAUUAUCUUCUAUGGAGAUUAGAGAAGGGAGUCGCAGAAGGCUCUACUGAAAUUUCAAAAGGCGAGGCAAUUCCCCUGGAAUACAAUUUUGUAGGUCUAAAUGCAAUUAGCUUUGACAAAGGAUGCUACGUUGGCCAAGAACUCAUAGCUCGUACUCACCACCGAGGGGUUAUUCGCAAGCGCUUGCUGCCAUUAAAAUUUCUUGAUAAUAAUGGAAAAGAAGCAGAGGAGAAAGUUGCUCCUGGUUCUGAAGUGAUUGACACUGCCUCUAGGAAGAAGGUAGGUACUGUGACUACUGCACUUGGCUGUCUUGGAAUGGGUGUUUUAAGGUUGGAUGAAGCCUUUAAAGCAUCCAGUUCAUUGAUCAUACAAGGACAGGAAGAUGUUAAGGUUGAGACGAGAAGACCAGAAUGGUGGCCUUCUGACUGGUUUCAAGAGCAUCAACAACACAGUGCAGUUGCAUAGGAUGCCAUGUCUUUCAUGAAAAAUGUAUCUGUUUGUUCUCUUUCGCUGCCAGUGCUGCGCCUGCUGGCACCCCACAGUUUAGAACUGCUAAUUUGUAUUUUCUUAAUUAAAGGAAAUAAAAGCA